AGGCGGGAGCAGAACGCCGAGAGAACUACAUGGAGGAGGCGGGGUCCAGGGCUAGGAAUCUACGCGGUUAGUAGUGGCGAAGGCGGCUAUAUCGGCAGCAUGAAGCGGACCCCGACGGCCGAGGAACGAGAGCGCGAAGCUAAGAAACUGAGGCUUCUUGAAGAGCUUGAAGACACAUGGCUUCCCUACCUGACCCCCAAGGACGAUGAAUUCUAUCAGCAGUGGCAACUGAAAUAUCCUAAACUAAUUCUCCGAGAAGCUGCCAGCGUGCCCGAGUUGCUCCAUAAAGAGGUUCAGCAAGCCUUUCUCACACUGCACAAGCAUGGCUGUUUAUUUCGAGAUCUGGUGAGGAUCCAGGGCAAAGACUUGCUCACUCCAGUCUCUCGCAUCCUCAUCGGUAACCCUGGCUGCACCUACAAGUACCUGAACACCAGGCUCUUCACGGUACCCUGGCCCGUGAAAGGCUCUGAUGCAAAGUACAAUGAGGCCGAAAUAGCUGUCGCCUGUCAAACCUUCCUCAAGCUCAACAGUUACCUGCAGGUAGAGACCAUCCAGGCUUUGGAAGAGCUUGCUGCCAAGGAGAAAGCCAACAUCGAUGCUGUGCCAGUGUGCAUAGGUCCAGAUUUCCCCAGGGUUGGCAUGGGGUCCUCCUUUGACGGGCACGAUGAGAUUGACAUGAAGAACCGAGCAGCGUACAACGUCACUUUGUUGAAUUUCAUGGAUCCCCAGAAAAUGCCGUACCUGAAAGAGGAACCAUAUUUCGGCAUGGGGAAAAUGGCCGUGAGCUGGCAUCAUGAUGAAAAUCUGGUGGACAGGUCAGCGGUGGCAGUGUACAGUUAUAGCUGUGAAGGCCCUGAAGAGGAAAGUGAGGAUGACCCUCAGCUUGAAGGCAGAGAUCCUGAUAUUUGGCAUGUUGGUUUUAAGAUCUCGUGGGACAUAGAGACACCUGGGUUGGCGAUACCCCUUCACCAAGGAGACUGCUAUUUUAUGCUUGAUGAUCUCAAUGCCACCCACCAACACUGUGUUUUGGCUGGUUUACCACCUCGCUUUAGUUCCACCCACCGAGUGGCAGAGUGCUCGACGGGGACCUUGGAAUACAUCUUACAGCGCUGCCAGGUGGCCCUGCAGAAUGUCCGCGAUGAGGCAGACAACGGUGAAAUCUCUUUGAAAUCCUUGGAGUCAGUGGUUUUGAAACAAGGAGAAGAGAUCCACAACGAGGUCGAGUUUGAAUGGCUGAGACAGUUCUGGUUUCAAGGCAGUCGAUACAAAAAGUGCACUGACUGGUGGUGUCAGCCCAUGAGUCAGCUGGAAGAGAUGUGGAGAAAGAUGGAAUGGUUGACAAGCGCUGUGCUUCGUGAAGUUAGAAGAGAGGGGGUCCCGAUGGAACAAAAGAAUGAGAUGUUGACGUCCAUCCUCGCCUCGAUCACCACCCGCCAGAACCUGAGGAGAGAAUGGCAUGCCAGGUGCCAGUCUCGAAUUGCCCGGACUUUACCCGCUGAUCAGAAGCCAGAGUGCCGGCCAUACUGGGAAAAGGGUGAUCCUUCGAUGCCUCUGCCAUUCGACCUCACAGAGAUCGUUUCUGAACUCAGAGGUCUGCUUCUGGAGACCAGGCCCUAGAGACAGAGCACAGCUCUCAGGUGGAGGAGGAAGGCUAUUUUCAGUUCCUCUUCUCCACCCCUGUCAUGGGCUUAGGUGAGGGCAGUGUGGGGUAGACUUGGCCUUGAGAUUGUAGAAACUGUUGAGAUGAUAGAGAAUGGCCUUGGAGAUUGUUUCCAGUUGGGAACAAUUAGAGAGUGGAACCCAUGAAGAUUAAAAUGUUUGCAAAUGACACAGUGUUAUAGUGAUUUGGUAUUAAAUUAAAAAUACCCAAAAAAUAUAAUCCCCCCCCCCCCACCAAAACAAAACAAAACUAUUCCCCUCUUGGAUUUUUAAUGCAAGCACCAGAGAGACGAGAAAGAGGUCACUCCUGAGGCCUGGGAAGUGACCAGGGUGAACCCGGCCUUUGGCAGAACCUAACCUACUUUCCUCUUUCCCAAGCCUUUGCAGAGUCCCUACAGGGGAUCUCUCAAGUCAUGGAGGAGAAGACCAAAUUUAGAGGCGUUUAGCCCAUUUUCUCAACACACCCUUCAGAGGCUCUGUGGUCCAGUAUGGUAGCCACUAGGUAGAUGGGGCUUCUACCAUUUAAAUUCCAUUUUAAUUGUAAUUAAAAAUUCAGUUCUUCAGUUGCACGAGCCACGUGUCAAGUGCUUAGUAGCCCAGGUGUGGCUUGAGACUACUGUAUUGGACAUAGAACGUUUUCAUCAUUGUAGAAAGCCCUGCUAGGUGAUACUUCUGUCCAAAGUUUGAGAGCGAGAGAGUCAGUCUUCCAGUUCUCUAGCUGCUCUCCCCACCAGCAAAAUAAAUGAAAAGAGCAAUGCCUCGUUGGAAAGUAGCCUCUUUCCCUUCUCUAAGACAGCCAAGGUUGUGAGCCCUGUACUCUGCACACAGGAAUAGAGUAGUGUUGAAGAUUAAAAAAACUGACAUCCUGCCUUUAGGAAGUUCCCCUGAUCUAAUGAAGGAGACAAAACUCUGUUUACAUUGCUUCUUGGAUUUAACCAACACACUGCAUAUUUCUUUUCCUUUAAUUCCCACAUUCACACAUAAUGGCUAGAAUUGAGGCUUGAAGAACCCUAGUGCCCCAUCCUGAUGAUGCUGGAGCACCAGAGAGACGAGAAAGAGGUUAGAACUUGGGCUUUGAUUUUCGAGUGCCUAGAUGCAAAUGCCCACUGGCUUGUGAUCUUUGACGUGUGACUGUGCCUCGGUUUCCUCAUCUGUAUAAUGGGGAUACUACAGGCACACCAAUUCCCAAGGGGAAGAUGAAAUGAAAUAACCUAGCUACAGAUUUAGAACAAUCUCUGGUACCCAGUUAAACACACAGUAAAUAAUAUUAGUAAAAUAUUAUAUAUCAGCAAGCUGACCUGCUGUAGGCAUUUUCCCCUCCCUUCCUCAAUCUUGGUGCCAGUUUGUCUCAUGAUGCUAUGAACCCACCUCUCCCUUUCGGGCCUGGCUCUCACCCUGUGGUGGCCCCAGAAAUCACGAGACUAGUCAGCCCCUCUCCCCAGCCUGUCACCUCCUCUUGUCAUCUGCAGUAUUCAGGAAGCUGAGGAGCUUUUUUACCCAUUCAGAGGUACCCUGAGAACUAAACUCUCCCGCCAUCAGAAUCUCACCGGUUCAAGGUAUGGGCUCAUUUCUAUGGAGUUAACCUCAGAGAGAUCAUGACACACAAGGCAGGCGGGGUUUCACCGUCUUGAGACUCUCAAAUCUUAGAUGAGUUCCCUGAUGCCCUUAAGCCUCAGUCUUCUCAUCAGUAAAAGAAGAAGUGCUCCCUCUUAUGGUUGCGGGAAAGAUGAAAUGAAAUCAUGGAGGCAGGGUGUGCAGGGCAGCCUCGGGACCACAUAGCCUCGUGUUUUAUUUCACCCCCCGGAAUGUUUGUUCCUUGUCAUAGUUCAUGAGGAGCCAGUAUUUAAAAAUGGAAGAUUUCAUAUAACAUAAAGACGUGUGCAUCCUCUUUAAAAUUCAGAGCAUCCAGCAGCCUCCACCCUGACAUGGCAGAGAGCUAGGUAGCAUCCUCUUAGGUGGGGCAUGAACCCUACGUGGCCCCCGUCGCUCCCAGUUACCAUUUAUUGUGAAUCUGACCAUCUUUGCCCCUUCAUGUCAGCACUUGCUUGCUUGCACCCGUAGAGUAGAAAUAAAUAAUAAUUGUGUGCUUACCCCAAUAUGUGUGUAUUACUAUCCAGCUAUCGUUGUGGACUGCUUGUACUAAUAUGCCAUGUACAUCAUCAAAUACACAUAAACAAUAAAAAUAUUGA